AUGCACACCAUGAAAGUGUUAGCAAUAACAUUAUGGGUUCUCUUGUUUUUUAUUUUGACAAACACCAACUUUGUCGUUUGUGUUGGGAUUUGCAGAGAAAAUGAGCAACGAGCUUUGGAGAGCUUGAAGAAAGAAGUAGACGAUCCCUCGGAUCUUCUCUCUUCUUGGGUUGUUGGAAAUAAUUGUUGUGAAUGGGAAGGGGUCGUGUGCAACAAUCUAACUCAUCAUGUGAUUGAGCUACACAUGCAUGAGCAAUUCUCCUACGAUGGAUCUAACUAUCCAAGGAUCAAUAGCCUUGAGUGGCUGCUAAGUCUUUUGAGUAUUGAGUACCUAGAGAUGUAUUCUGUGGAUCUUAGCAAAGCAACUAACUGGCUACAGGUCAUUAACAUGCUUCCUUCUCUUGUUGAUCUUAGUUUAGUUUAUUGUAAUCUUAAUCAUAUACAACCUCUACUUCAUCACAAUUUUUCUUCACUUGAAACCCUCGAUCUUUCCUGGAACAACUUUAGUUCUCCUGUUCCUGAAUGGGUUUUCAACCUCGCUAAUCUCGUUUCUCUUCAUUUGAGUGGUAGUAAUUUUAUUGGCCAGUUUUCUCAGGGUCCAGUUAACUUGACUUCUCUCACAACCUUAAAGGCUUCUGGCAACUCUUUCAAUUGUCUUUUACCCAGAUGGUUGUUUGAUCUAAGUAAUCUUGAACAUAUUGAGCUAACCCGUAGUGGUAAUGAAGGCACUAUACCGAGUAUGUGUGGAAACAUAACAAAACUUAAAUAUCUCGAUCUUUCUGAGAAUAACCUCAACUCCACUAUACCAAAUUGGCUCUAUCGAUGCAAAGGUCUAGAAUCAAUUGCUCUUGGUGAUAAUAUGCUUUCUGGAAAGUUACCAGAUGUAAUUGGAAAGUUAGGGAAAUUAGAACUUCUUGAUCUCUCAUUAAAUCUAUUUGAGGAAGAAGUAUAUGACUUAUUCAACGGUAGGAGUAAUUUUGUUUCAGCGGAAAUGGGAAAUAGUUCUUCUUUGAGUUAUUUGAGUCUCGAAAACAAUAAACUCACUGGAACUCUUCCAAAAAGUACUCUUGAACUUCCAAUGCUAAAAUACUUUUUCAUAACUAACAAUAGGUUGGAAGGUGUUGUAACAGAAAGUCAUUUCUCUAAAUUAAGACAAUUACUAGUCUUCUCUGCAUCUAGAAACAAACUGACUUUAAAACUGAUAACGAAUGUUGACAUAUUAGAUGGUGGAAUACAAGGUGAGGUUCCAACUUGGUUUUGGGACUUGUCUUCUGAAAUUGCACAUCUCAAUCUUUCUCACAAUCAAUUUGUUGGUGAGGUUCCAAUCAUCUCAGCACCUUCAAGAGGUUUAUCUAACUUCUUAUGUGAAGCAAAGAAUGGACCAUAUAGUUUGUAUUACUUAAACCUUGAGGGAAACAAAUUGUCAGAAGAAAUUCCUGAUUGUUGGAUGAAUUGGCCAGUUGUCAGUUUUAAUCUUGAGGGAGAAUAA